AGAUAAAUAGCCACCGCUCAGUCAUCCCAUCAAAAGCUUCCACCUUGCUUUCUUGCUCCCUCUCUUACCACUUGUUCAAAUAUUUUAUCUUCUUAUUAAUUCAUUAAAAUGAAUCUCGGUCCUCGUGCAACCCUUAAUAGCAUUCUCUUUCCUCUUUCUAUUCAUUCAUCUGAGUGAUCUCACCUCUUCAUAUCUUUCUUCUUCUUCUACUACUACUAAAGAAUACUAGUUCUACCACUGCUAGUUUCUGCUCUCUAUCACCUCCUCAAUAUCUUGUGUUCAUUUACCUUAACUUUGAUUGACACACUUUCACAUUCACUUGGGUAUUUUGCUUGUUCUAUAUCAUAUAUCUCUGUCUAUCUAUCCAUCAUCAAAAUCGAUAUUGAAAAACACAAAAAACAUGGAUUCUUCUCCUCAAAACUGGCUCCUCGGCUUCUCUCUUUCCAACCACUCUCAUCAUCAUCACCCUUCUCCCGAUCUCUCCCUCUUCGAGGCCUUCACCUCCAAUUCACCCACCCACUCUGCAGCUACCGUCGCCGGUCACCAUCAUCAAGGUGCAAGUCCAACUUCAGCAACCGACCUCUCCAUCUUCAGUUCCGGAAUUACCGGACCAAAGCUCGAGGAUUUUCUCGGAGGUUGCACCCCCGCCACCAACACCGUCACCCCGACCUCACUCCCUCGGUUUUCUACUGCCGAUCAUCAUCAUCAAACCACUCCUCUCGCUCUGUCCCAAAACGAGAUUUACGACUCCGAACUCAAAACCAUAGCCGCUAGUUUCCUCCGUGGUUUCUCCACCACCGCUACCACCACCACCACCGCUGCUACUUUACAAACGACCAAACUACAGAACCACCACCCUCUAGCCUCAUCCGAUCCCACCCCCAAAAAACCCACCGAUACCUUCGGCCAACGCACAUCCAUUUACCGCGGAGUUACACGGCAUAGGUGGACCGGAAGAUAUGAAGCGCAUCUGUGGGAUAACAGCUGCAGAAGAGAAGGACAAAGUAGGAAGGGCAGACAAGUUUAUUUGGGUGGAUAUGAUAAAGAAGAAAAGGCAGCAAGAGCCUACGAUCUGGCGGCUCUCAAGUACUGGGGUCCGACCACCACUACAAACUUUCCGGUUAUUAACUACGAGAAAGAAUUGUCGGAGAUGAAGAACAUGACCAGGCAAGAAUUUGUUGCUUCUCUUCGGAGGAAAAGUAGUGGAUUUUCUAGAGGAGCUUCUAUUUACAGAGGGGUCACAAGGCAUCAUCAACAUGGUAGAUGGCAGGCAAGAAUAGGAAGGGUUGCAGGCAACAAGGAUCUCUACCUUGGCACUUUCAGCACCCAAGAAGAAGCUGCUGAGGCCUAUGACAUUGCGGCAAUCAAGUUCCGAGGCCUAAAUGCUGUGACCAACUUUGACAUGAGCCGCUACGAUGUGAAGAGCAUUGCCAGCAGCAACCUUCCCAUAGGAGGAAUGUCCGGAAAAUCCAAGAACUCAUCAGACUCCGACAGUAAGAGCAUCGAAGGUAAUCGUUCAGCCGAUGAUCGAGAUCUCUCCUCUGCAUCCUCGGUGACCUUUGCAUCUCAACAACCUAGUUCCUCCAUACUAAGCUUUGCAAUCCCCCUCAAACAAGACCCAUCAUCAGAUUACUGGUCCAACAUUUUCGGAUAUAACCCUUCUCAAAACAAUACCAAAAACCCUACUACUGUUUCAGUUGCACCAUCAUCAUCAUUGUUCCAGUCACGUGCCAUUGGGUCUUAUGGUAACAAUUCCUCACCAAUGCCAUUCAACGUGGAUUUCUCUUCAACUUUUAGCACUUCUGCUACUGAAACGAACAAUGGGUACUUUGGUAACUUCAAUAUAGAUGGUCAGCGACACCAAGAACAGUUGCAACACCACCAACAUGAACAAAGUACUAUUACUGGUACUGGUUCAAUCCCAUUUGCUACACCCAUUGCCUUAAAUAGCAACAAUGGUUAUGAAACUUCUUCUGGUUAUGGAAGUUGGAUUGCGCCAAGUAUUCACACAUUUCAGACUCAUGCAAAGAACAAUCUCUUUCAGACACCAAUUUUCGGGAUGGAAUAAUUUGGCUGAUAUGUGUUAGGGGUGAAUGUGAGAGUGAGAGAUUUAUAUGGCAUGAGUACAUCACAAUUUGUUUUCGCUACCAUGAAAUGGAAUUGGAGGACAAAUGAAAGAAGACAAUGUUUGGGGUUUGCAUGCACAUGGGAGUCAAUAGCUUUAGUUGAACAGAGAUGUGAGGUGGACUGGCAGUCAUAGAUCAUAAUUCACACAGGCUGACACUGUGUACUAACUCAACUUCUUGUGCCAAGAUGGUGCUUCCUUUUUGUUUUUGGUUUUUAUCCUUUGUUUCUUUUUGGUUCUUUUAGCUUUUUCUUUUUCUCUCUCUUUCGACUGACAUGAUUUUAUAUGGGUAUAAAUGAAAAAGAAAUCCUGUUGUAA